UUUUAUAUUUUCUUCCCUUCCUCUUCUCACUCCCCAAUUUCUCCUGAGUUUCUUAUUUUCUUCCCUUUCCAACUCUUCCCCAUUGUUUGCAUUCCAUGCAAGAUAGACUCGCGGUGGGAAAAUAUCUUUGCUGUAUUGUCGUACUCUGGGCUCCCUUAAAAUGGUGGUCUCCUCCAAGUUGCCUGAUUCCCCUGCAUCUGCUAAAUUUGGCCGCAUUAGUUUUAUACAAAUUUCUCCGAUAAAUUAUUAAUACAUAAAAACCCAUUUCUUGAAAACUUUGGAUAUCCUGAGAGUUUGUUCAGUCCUAAACAUCUCUAGAUUUAGUGGAUUUUCUCCAAUUUGCAGUUCUCUGCCUUUAGAUUUAGUGGUUUCUCCAUUGGCUGUAACCUCCUAGAUCUGCUACAUUUAGCCCUAGUUUCAGUGUUAUUCUUCCAUGAAACCAAUCUCACGAAACCAGGAGAUAUCGUCACAGUCUCGUCUAACCUUGCCUUCCUCUAAAUGUAUCUACUUCCUUCAAACCUGCAACAUUCGUGCCCACCUUCUGAGUUUUGCCCGUGUUUCAGAUCCAUUUCUCUGUUAAACCAUCAAUCGUUGAGAACCCAUCUCCCAAAAACGAUCAAUCCUCUUCGAAUUCUCUUCUAAUUCAAUUCUGGUUCAGAUUUAGUGAGGCUCUUUCAGAACCCAACAAUGGCUACCUCUAAAUUUGAGGGAUCAAAGCAAUACUAUGCGACAAGUAGCUUGGUUGUAGGUUAUGCUCUAUGUUCGAGCUUACUUGCUGUCAUUAACAAGUAUGCCAUUACUGAAUUCAAUUUCCCUGGUCUAUUAACUGCAUUGCAAUACCUCACCUCUGCUUUGGGUGUAUGGGUUUUGGGGAAAUUAGGGUUUCUUCACCAUGAUCCCUUCUCGUUUGAAACUGCGAAGAAGUUCUUUCCUGCUGCUACUGUGUUUUACCUUGCAAUUUUCACAAACACCAACCUUCUACGACAUGCUAAUGUCGAUACCUUCAUUGUGUUUAGGUCUCUCACUCCCCUUCUUGUUGCCAUUGCUGAUACCACCUUUAGGAGGCAGCCAUGUCCGUCAAAGCUCACUUUCACUUCUCUUGUUAUUAUCUUGGCUGGUGCAAUUGGGUAUGUAGCCACUGAUUCAGCUUUCACAUUGACUGCUUAUUCUUGGGCAUUUGCUUAUUUGAUAACCAUCACUACUGAGAUGGUCUAUAUCAAGCACAUUGUUACCAAUUUAGGUUUGAACACUUGGGGCUUUGUCUUUUACAAUAAUCUCUUAUCUUUAGUUAUGGCUCCCUUCUUUUGGUUUAUCACUGGGGAGUAUAUUGAAGUUUUUACAGCGGCUCAAGGAUCUAAUUCUGGCUCUUGGGUUGAGUCAGGGGCCUUUUUCGCAGUUGGGUUGUCUUGUGUUUUUGGUUUAGCUAUAAGUUUCUUUGGAUUUGCAGCGAGGAAGGCUAUUUCAGCGACUGCGUUUACGGUCACCGGUGUCGUGAAUAAGUUUCUCACGGUUGCCAUUAAUGUGUCGAUUUGGGAUAGGCAUGCUAAUCUAUUUGGUCUUGUUAGCUUGCUUUUUACCAUUUUGGGGGGAGUUUUAUAUCAGCAGUCAGUGACUAAGGGCCCCCCAUCUCAGCAUGAGUCAAUGGGGAUGAAGCAAUCAGUUGGUAUGGAUGGUGAUUCUUCGAGCACAGAUCAAGGAAAGGGAUUAUUGGGUAAACUUUCUAAUGUGUGAGUAAUGGGGUGAGGGUGAUCUGCUUGACGAGGAAAGAAUUUUAGGCUAUUUUAGGGAGUCAAUGAUCAAGUCUUGUGUGGCGUAAUGGAUAUUUUGCUUCUAGGACUAGUUUGCACUGCUGCAUAAGGGUGUGUUUUUGUAUCACUAAUGCCCUCUCCCUUGAUCAUUGACAUUGUCGAGAGAACAAUUGUCAUAGAUAAUCUAGUAUUUUGGUUGGCUUAUUUGUUCUUUGAAUUAUUCUUUUGCCGUUUAAAGUUUUAAACAAUAUAUUGAUACUUGUCCUAAUGAUAUUGGGGUUCCUCUGCAUUUGUCUUGUGGAUGCUGCUGGGAAUGUCGAUAUGUUCCAAGUGAAUAGCUUAUAUCUUUUGAUGUGGACAAAGUGAGACUAAAUAUAAUGUGUCCACGAUUGAUAACAUGCAGGCUUGGAUUUUACUGUAGUCUUGGAAUAGAACUUGAUGCAUAUGUAAGUAUGAGCCAAAAGUUGAAAACGUACAACCUGAGCUUUUUUUAAUGCAUAGUUCAGAAAUUCCUA